UACUCUUUGAAAUUAUAAUUUCUACUCUUUGAAAUUAUGAAUAAUCUUUUUGUUUUGCUCAUUAUUAUUGCUUUGAGUGUGGGAUCGAACAAUGGUAGCAAGCUCUGGCCAAAAAACCAAUUACACUUUAGAAACUCUUUUAGCAGGAAUUAUGAUGUUCUUACGGUUCAUUGCAAAUCUAAAGAUGAUGAUCUCGGUAUUCACACAGUGGCUCGUUCAUACGAAUAUAAUUUUAAGUUUGAGGAUAGCGUUUUCGGUAGGACUGAGUUUUUCUGUACACUAAUGCAUGGGGUUGGUUCUAAAUAUUCUGUAACAUUUACUGCAUAUAAAGCGAAACCUGCUUUUGUUGCAAGUACCGGUGUCAUAAAAAUUUGGGAUGCUUUAGAUGAUGGAAUCUACCUCACAGAUGAAGAUCACGAUUUCGUGAAAAUAUAUGGUUGGUAAAAUCUUACUUUUCAAGCUAUACUCUUGAUGUCCA